AUGCCAUACAACCCCGGAAAGUGUUGUCAACACUGCCAAUCGUUUAACCACCAGACCCGAUAUUGCCUUCGUAACAAGUUCUGCAUCUAUUGCAAGGGAUUUCACAACAUUGUCUCCUGCACCAAGUUUAGAUGUCGGCGUUGCCACACCAAAGGGCAUCACCAAGAUGUUUGCCUAGAUGACCCAGGUCCGCAUGUUGAAUGGAUUCCACAACCCGAAUCGCACAAGAAGCGCGAGCCCAGCAAGCUCAACGAUUCCAUAAAACCGCAUGCAUCUGGUCCCACAGACAUUGCUGCUUCAUCAAAAUCACAUCAGAAGCGCAAAUCCAGCAAGCAUGACAGCUCCAUGGACCCUAAUAUAUCUGCUUCCGCGGACAUUGCUCCAUCACCAGAAUCAUACAAGAAGCGUAAACAGCCGAAGGACCAUGGGUUUAUGUAUCUGAACUUAACCGUUCCUUCCCCAGAGCAUAAUGAUUCAAAAUGGCUCGCUAUCGUGCAAUCAGUCAGAGAUCCUCCAAGGCAAGGAAGUCUCGAAAAACACGCUGGCCACGACCAAUGCCGUGCAGAUCCAUAG